GUUAUAUAUGAAUAUCAAGAACAAACUUGAUGACUUGCAUAACAAAGGCACAGCAUCCUUUAGGAAAUAUUUGAAUAUUAUGACAACAUCUCUUUCAUUGCUAUAUGCAAUAUUCAUCAGGAUCAAUUGAUAGCCCAUCCCUUUUACUGAUAUUUUCAUGUUAGAUUGUAUACAACAGGUUGAAAGAAAUGAUGCAGGUGUGAAGAAAACUGAUGCGCUCGCGCAGACUCAUGGCGUUAAGGCGGCCGCCUACAAAGUUGAUAUCUCCGAUCCUGGACAAAUGAAGAAUACGAUUGCAGCCGUCGUUCGAGACUUCGGGCGAAUCGACUUUUUUGUUGCCAAAGCAGGAAUGGCUAUUUCGAAGCCGAUAUUGGAACAACAACUAGAUCAAUAUCGCGAAAAAGUCUCUGCUAAUGUCGACGGAGUCGUCUUCCAGCGUCAAGACAGUGGAAACUUGAUGAUCAUAUCAAGUAUGAUUGCGCAUAUUGUCAAUGUGCCAACAGACCAACCCGUCUACAAUGGAACCAAGGCUUUUAUCCUACAUUUUGGAAAGUCUCUAGCUCGUGAAUGGAGGGAGUUUCCCCGCGUCAACAUUGUCUCACCCGGUUUCUUCGACACUAAGAUGGGAGCAAGCCCUCUGUCGGUUAGCGAGGCUUACCGUAUGACAAGUCUUGGACGCCAGGGACAUACGAAAGAAUUAAGGGUCUAUAACUCUCCCUUGCCAGCGACACUUCUACCUAUACGACGGGGAGCGACGUUCUUAUUGAUGGUGGAUACAUGCUUCCAUGAGCAUGAGUUUAUAGAUUGCUUGAAUUGAAAAUCAAUGCUCC